CAUUAUCAAUUUGCCGUGCAUUUGUGUUAUCACUCGUAUGUUCUCUUGUCUAUUCAUAGUGCAACAUGAUGUUGCUCGAGCAUAUUUGGAUAUCGAAAAGUAUUAGUUUUAAUAACUAAAUUUGGUCAUAAUACAAUUGAUUAAUUUUAUUAAAGAUCAGCGGUAGAUCGAUUCUUGGAAGAGAUGGAGCUAUUAACAUGAAAUUUGUACAUUCUAUAAAAAAAAAACAUGAAAUUUGUACAUUGAAGGACAUAUAUACAUGUAUGGCCUUGUAUUGCAUAUUUGCAUGCAUCCAAUACUUCCUUCCAAUUAUGUAUGUCAACUUUUCGGGUAGUUGUCAACUCAUCAUCAAUCUGGCAUAUUUCAUUCUACGAGCCCUUUAACAUGAGCUGAAAGGAUAUCACCCUUAUAUAAAAUAAAAUAAAAACGGAAAGAACAAUCACAUAUAUGUUUGGAAUAGAUACCAUUUUGGGAGAGUUGAAAAAACACUAUCUCGUUGAAAGAUUCUAUACAUUUACCCCUUUUCAAUGCAUUUCUUUAGACAAAAAUUCUGUUUUGUCCUCUUUUCGGAUUAUAAAUAUUUCUCAAAACAUGGAAUGUGAAUCAAAACUCAUGUUUGAAUUGAAAUUGAGAGACCAUACGUAAUCAUAAUCAUGGAACACCUUGAACAAAACUAAGUCAGUCUGUCUAUCAACCCAGCUCGGUCCAAUGUGCCCCAACCAUACUGAAGUGGGCAAAUAUAUGGGCCACCUCGUGGGCUUUCCUAGAGACGAAAGCCCAGUCUAAAACAAAAAAAAAAAACAGAAAUUUCGACAACCAUUGUCACGAGUCACGACUCAUGAGAAAAGAAGAAUGUCCAUCCUCUAGUUUCUUGUUCAUCUCUUUUUGUUUUUGGUCAGUUUCUUGUUCAUCUGUUCUUUGGCCUUGCGUUUAGCCGUUUACACUGGUAUAAAAGUUACUCGUUCAUAACAGUUUAUGAGUUGGGGAAAUUUUGAAAUCCAGGAUAAAGCUUCAGUAAUGAGGAGAGGUUUUGUUUGAUUGGCAUUUUCCUACCGUUGGGUUUGAAUAAAUCAUGACUUGGGAUCGGCCCAAUUCCAAAAACAAAGAUAGUGGAUGUUCGGUGGGCCUACGUUUUGUUCCAUAGCGUGGCUGAAUUUGAAUUAUUUUGGAUCUCCGGAGCCUUCUCUUCUUAAUAUAUUAAAAAGAAAAAAAAAGCCCAAUACAAUUUUGCGUUAAGCAUCGAAAAAUCUUUCUCCCAAGUCCAAAUUAGUCCUCCCUUCUCGUCUUCAUCUUCGUUAAACCCUCCCAUCCAAUAUAUACACCUCCCUCCAUUUUACAGAUAACUUCCUAAUUACCUUUCCUCCCCAUUUGAAGUCAUCUCUGUGUCAAUUUCAUUUCAAACGCACCACGGGCUUCUCCCUCUCUCCCUCUGCACUUUCGACCCCAACUAUUCCUUCCGGCAGAUCCCCCCGCCUAACUCCUCAGAUCCAGGGAGAUCUUCGAUCUGACGGCUGCGGGCGGCUGCGCCGGCGGGACUCUCUUCAGAUUCCUUCUUGUUUCCUUCCUAUCUGAUUAGCUCGGAGAUAUGGACAAUUUGAUCUCUCUUGUUAACAAGAUUCAGAGAGCUUGUACUGCUCUCGGUGAUCACGGCGAAGCUAGCGCGUUGCCUACUCUUUGGGACUCCUUGCCGGCUAUCGCCGUCGUCGGUGGCCAGAGUUCGGGGAAGUCGUCGGUGUUGGAGAGCGUAGUAGGGAAGGACUUCUUGCCUCGUGGAUCUGGGAUUGUUACUCGAAGACCUCUAGUGCUGCAGCUUCAUAAGCUGGAUGAAGGAAGCAGAGAAUAUGCUGAGUUCCUCCACCUGCCGAAGAAAAGGUUCACUGAUUUUGCUGCUGUGCGGAAAGAGAUUGCAGAUGAGACUGAUAGAGAGACAGGCCGCUCUAAGCAAAUUUCUAGUGUUCCCAUCCAUCUCAGCAUAUAUUCUCCAAACGUUGUCAACCUCACGCUGAUUGAUCUUCCCGGGCUCACAAAAGUAGCAGUUGAGGGUCAACCUGACAGUAUCGUGCAGGAUAUUGAGAACAUGGUCCGCUCUUUUAUUGAGAAGCCCAACUGUUUAAUUUUAGCAGUGUCACCUGCAAACCAAGAUCUUGCCACCUCGGAUGCUGUUAAAAUUUCCCGUGAGGUGGACCCUACAGGAGAGAGAACUUUUGGAGUUUUGACAAAGAUUGACCUCAUGGACAAGGGUACCGAUGCAUCUGAAAUAUUGGAAGGAAAAGCUUACCGGUUAAAAUUUCCUUGGGUUGGUGUUGUGAACCGUUCACAAGCUGACAUUAACAAGAACGUGGACAUGAUCGCUGCUCGGCGUAGAGAGCGCGAGUAUUUUGCAACCACCCCAGAGUACAAGCACCUUGCUAACAGAAUGGGUUCUGAGCACCUAGCAAAAAUGCUGUCCAAACAUUUAGAAGUUGUAAUCAAGUCCCGCAUCCCUGGCCUUCAGUCUCUUAUUAACAAGACAAUUGCUGAGCUUGAAGCUGAGCUUAGUCGCCUUGGAAAACCUAUUGCUACUGAUGCCGGAGGGAAGCUAUAUUCGAUCAUGGAGAUUUGCCGUCUUUUUGAUCAAAUAUACAAGGAGCAUCUGGACGGAGUUCGACCAGGAGGUGAAAAGGUAUACAAUGUAUUCGAUAACCAGCUUCCUGCUGCGCUGAAGAGGUUGCAAUUUGACAAGCAGCUUGCAAUGGAGAAUAUCCGCAAACUGAUCACUGAAGCCGAUGGGUACCAACCACAUUUAAUAGCUCCCGAGCAGGGAUAUCGUCGUCUAAUUGAAUCUUCUUUGGUUACUAUCCGAGGUCCUGCUGAGGCAGCUGUUGAAGCUGUUCAUUCCAUAUUGAAGGAGCUGGUACAAAAAGCCAUCCUCGAGACUCUGGAACUGAGGCAGUACCCUGGCCUCAGAGUAGAGCUUACAAACGCAGCUGCCGAAUCACUUGGCCGGAUGAAAGAAGAAAGCAAGAAAGCAACCCUGAAGCUGGUGGACAUGGAGUGUAGUUACCUGACUGUUGAUUUCUUCAGAAAGCUUCCCCAAGACAUUGACAAGGGUGGCAACCCUACUCAUUCCAUAUUCGACAGAUACAACGAUUCAUAUCUUAGACGAAUUGGCAGCACCGUUCUUUCCUAUGUGAAUAUGGUGUGUGCCACCUUACGUAACUCUAUUCCCAAGUCCAUCGUCUACUGCCAAGUCCGUGAGGCCAAACGAAGCCUCCUCGACCAUUUCUUCGCUGAGCUGGGGAAAAUGGAGCAAAAGCAAUUGUCCCAAUUGUUGAACGAAGACCCUGCGGUCAUGCAGCGCCGCAGCGACCUUGCAAAGAGAUUGGAGUUAUACAGGUCUGCACAGGCCGAGAUCGACGCAGUCGCUUGGGCGAAGUAAAGAUAUUUAGGUGAUGUCGUUGAUGAUCUCCUUCAAAUGCAGAAGAAUGGAAUAUGGUGUUUGGUGAUGUUGGGCUCAGAUAUUGUAGUAUUAGCUGAUGAGAUUUUCACUUGUUUGCCAUUUGAUGAUUCAUUUUUCAUUAUGUAGUUCUCCUCCCGUGAGCUAUGGAGACUUCCCUUCUCUUUGAUGUGGCUGGCUUUAGUAGCAUAGGGAUUCACAUUGUAAUACGAAUUGACGGAUGCAGAAAGAGCCUGUCUAUAAUGGCUGUUUUGCCGAGCUAUGUAGUAUGUGCUGCAUUGUUAGGAUUGGAGCUGCUCUACGUGAUGAUGCCGGUUUCUUUCUUGGUAGUCUGGUUUCGUCUAGUAGAUAUUUCAUUUCUUCCAUUACAUCAUAUAGACAUGGGCUUUUGGAAGGUGGAACAGGCAUUGGAACAGGCCUGG